AUGAAGUCAUCUCCUUGCUGCUUGUCCCUUUCUUCUGGGGCCUCUGGAGAGGAAUUAGGUGAGAGCACAUCCUUUGAUUCUUCGGAUUCCAGUGUCUUCUAUAGUGAGGAAGGGCCGGGAUCUUUGCUACAGCACGUAGCUCCAUCCGUGGACUGCAUGACUGUCAACGUUGGAGGUGCCCGCUUUGUGCUGUCCCAGAAGAAGCUUUGUUGCUAUCCAGACACUCGGCUGGGCAAGCUAGCAGUAAUGGUUUCAGCUGCCCGAGAUGUUGCCUCCAGCCUUUUGGACCUUUGUGAUGAUGCCAACUUGGUGGAGAAUGAAUAUUUUUUUGAUCGGAACUCUCAAGCAUUCAGUUACGUCCAUAACUAUUACCAAACUGGCAGGCUACAUGUAAUGGAUCAGCUGUGUGCGCUUUCCUUCCUGCAGGAGAUCCAGUAUUGGGGACUGGAUGAGCUCAUGAUUGAUUCCUGCUGCAGGGACAGGUACUUCAGAAGGAAAGAACUGAGUGAAACUUUGGAUAUCAAGAAAGAUUCUGAACAAUUGGAGACCCAAGUUGAGGAAGAAGAUUUCUCUGGAAGUCUGUGUUCUACCACCAGACAAAAGCUAUGGGAAGUCUUAGAAAAACCUACUUCUUCUGUCGCUGCCAGGACUUUUGGCACAAUCUCCAUGAUUUUUGUCAUCAUUUCGAUUGCCAACAUGGCUCUGAUUUCAGUGGAAUUGACCUGGAUGCCAGUCCAGCUACUUGAUGUCCUGGAGUAUGUGUGUAUUGCUUGGUUCACAGGAGAAUUUUUGUUACGCUUUCUCUGUGUGAGAAACCGCUACCGCUUUUUAAAGAACAUAGCAAAUAUCAUAGACCUUCUGGCCAUUUUGCCCUUCUACAUCACAUUGUUGGUGGAGAGUUUACGGGGAGAACACAGCUCCCAGGAGCUGGAAAACAUGGGACGUAUUGUGCAAGUGCUGAGGUUGCUGAGGGGUCUGCGCAUGUUGAAGUUGGGCAGGCAUUCAACAGGUUUGCGUUCCCUUGGGAUGACCAUUACACAGUGCUAUGAAGAGGUUGGCAUGCUUCUCCUUUUCCUCUCUGUGGGCAUCUCCAUCUUCUCCACCAUAGAAUACUUUGUUGAGCAAGGUAUCCAUGACACAACCUUCACAAGUGUGCCUUGUGCUUGGUGGUGGGCUACCACCUCCAUGACAACCGUUGGCUAUGGAGACAUUAGGCCGGAUACAACUGUUGGCAAGGUUGUGGCCUUUAUGUGCAUAUUAUCUGGAAUAUUAGCCCUAGCUUUACCGAUUGCCAUCAUCAAUGAUCGCUUUUCUGCCUGCUAUUUUACCCUGAAGAUAAAAGAAGCUGCCUUUCGCCAGAGGGAAGCCCUAAAGAAGCUCACAAAGAAUAUGUCGAGUGACUCUAAUAUCAACAUUAAUUUGCGAGAUGUAUAUGCUCGAAGUGUAAUGGAUGUGUUGAAAUUUAAAAGCCGAGAAAGAACAAGUACCAGGAGUAGCGCUGGUGAUGAGUUUUGGUUUUGA